CCAUCGCUUUCGCCUCCCCUCUCCCCCUACCACCCCCUGACAAGCACUUAUUUGGUAUCACUGCCUCUGAGUCCAUUGUCUCCUGCAUUGACAUUUAGAUGUAAUGGCCUGGCUAACCUCACGUGUGAAGUCGUUCUCCAAGUCCCCUGAUCACCCCCUCUGGUCUCUGUCCUGUCUGCGGUUUCUCGUCUUCUUCAUUCGACUCUCGCAGCAAUGGCUUCAUCAUCAUCCAAUGUCGUCGGCGUUCACUAUCGUGUAGGCAAGAAGAUCGGCGAAGGUUCAUUUGGUGUGAUCUUCGAGGGCACAAAUCUAUUGAACAACCAACAGGUGGCGAUAAAAUUUGAGCCUCGCAAGAGUGACGCCCCGCAGCUCCGUGAUGAAUACCGGACUUAUAAGAUCCUCGUCGGGUGUCCUGGCAUCCCCAAUGUCUACUACUUUGGUCAAGAGGGUCUUCACAACAUCCUAGUCAUUGACUUGCUUGGCCCCAGCUUGGAGGAUUUGUUCGAUCACUGCAACCGGCGGUUCUCUAUCAAGACAGUCGUCAUGGUCGCCAAACAGAUGCUGUCUCGAGUUCAAACCAUUCACGAGAAGAAUUUGAUCUACCGCGAUAUCAAACCUGACAACUUCCUCAUCGGUCGCCCUAAUACCAAGGCCGCUAAUGUAAUUCACGUGGUUGAUUUCGGAAUGGCCAAGCAAUACAGAGAUCCCAAGACAAAGCAGCACAUCCCUUACCGUGAGCGGAAAUCGCUGUCUGGUACAGCCCGCUACAUGAGUAUCAACACCCAUCUGGGACGGGAACAAUCGCGCCGUGACGAUCUAGAGGCGCUUGGUCAUGUUUUCCUGUACUUCCUCAGAGGCGGACUUCCCUGGCAGGGUCUCAAAGCUGCUACCAACAAGCAGAAGUAUGAGAAGAUUGGUGAGAAGAAGCAGACUACUGCGAUCAAGGAUUUGUGUGAUGGCUUUCCGGAGUUCACAAAAUACCUGACCUAUGUCCGCAAUCUUGGCUUCGAAGACACCCCCGACUACGACUACCUCCGUGAUCUAAUGACACAAGCUCUUAAGAACACCGGCGAUGUCGAGGAUGGAGAGUAUGACUGGAUGAAACUCAACAAUGGAAGAGGUUGGGAGUACAAGUCAUAUUCAUCCCAACAACAUCUUCACAACAAUGCCAUUCCCAACUCCUCUGCGCGGGAAAUCCACGCCCAACAGCUCCGGGGUAGCCGACCGGGUGUGACUGCUGAUCGUCUAAAUGCGGCGCAGCCUCCCCCUCCCUCUCCCGCUAAACCUGGGGCUGGGAAGACCCGUGAUCGGCCAAGCGUGUCCGGAGGAAUGGCCCCGAAGCGUCAGAGCGGUGGUCUUGAUGCCACACCAGCGGCUUCGACUCAAGCACAGUUUCAGAACUCGAAUGCCAACAUAUCCGGGCACAUGGGCAGUCCCGCAAAUCCGGCGAAGACCAGUCAGCAAGGCCCCGGUGGUCCGGCGAAUAGUGAGCCGCAGCCUACUUUUGUGCAGAAAAUGAUGAAGGCGCUUUGCUGCGGUAGGUGACGACAUUCGUCUCUCCGUUCAACGCGGUUCCUUGGCUUAUUCCCGGUCUCCUUUUCAGGUUGAGUGAAAAAGCGGAACCCGAGCUAUUUUGUACUUCUACGAA